UUGCCAGGGGAACGGGCCCGCGCCUGAUGAGGCCCAUCCCGCCUUGGCCUGGACCGGCCUUAGAACCAGCCCGGACGAGCUGGAGCCCCAAGAUUCGCAGGCCCAACUUCUGACCGGAAUGGGGCCCCGCUCCGGGGCGCUCUGCUUGCUGGUCCCGGGGACAGUCUCCGCCGCUACAGUCUGACGCGCUGCCGCUCUGGGGAGAGUGGACGGCUAGGCGCGGGGGCCGAACUCUGGCUGACCUUGGCAAGGCCGGUCUGGCACGGCCGGCCGUGACGCGCAGGCCACAGCAGAGAGCUGGAUAUGAAAUGGAGCAGCCAGGACUUGAACUGUCGCCCACAUGGGAUGCCGGCACUACAGGCGGCGGCCUCACCCGCCAUGCCACAGCGCCGGCCUCAGAACUUGAAAUGAUGUGUUCAAGUCAGCAAACAUUUACUGAACGACUCCUGUGUACAAGAUGACCAUUUGCAACAGGCCCUCCAACAAAACAGCCCCUGAGAAGAGUGUGUGGACGGCACCCGCGCAGGCCAGCUCCGAGCUGCAGGGCCAGCGGUCCCGCAGGAAUGGGUGGAGCUGGCCCCCUCACCCGCUCCAGAUUGUGGCCUGGCUGCUGUACCUCUUCUUUGCUGUGAUCGGCUUUGGGGUCCUGGUUCCCCUCCUGCCUCACCACUGGAUGCCUGCUGGCUACGCUUGCAUGGGGGCCAUCUUUGCUGGCCACUUGUUGGUGCACCUCACUGCUGUCUCCAUCGACCCAGCAGAUGCCAAUGUGCGGGACAAGAGCUACUCGGGGCCCCUGCCCAUCUUCAGCCGCAGCCAGCACGCACACGUCAUUGAAGACCUGCACUGCAACUUGUGCGACGUGGAUGUGAGCGCUCGCUCCAAGCACUGUAGCGCCUGCAACAAGUGCGUGUGCGGCUUCGACCACCACUGCAAGUGGCUCAACAACUGCGUGGGUGAGAGGAACUACCGGCUCUUUCUACACAGUGUGGUAUCCGCUUUACUGGGUGUUCUGCUCCUGGUGCUGGUGGCCACUUAUGUCUUUGUGGAGUUCUUUGUCAACCCCAUGCAGCUGCGCACCCACCCGCACUUUGAAGUCGUGAAGAACCAAAGUGAUGUGUGGUUUGUGUUCCUGCCUGCGGCCCCGGUGGAGACCAAGGCUCCUGCCAUCCUGGUCCUGGCUGCCCUGCUCAUCCUUCUGGGCCUGCUCUCCACAGCCUUGCUUGGCCACCUGCUCUGCUUCCACAUCUAUCUCAUGUGGCACAAGCUCACCACCUAUGAGUACAUCGUGCAGCACCGCCCACAAGAGGCAAAGGGGGCCCACAGGGAGCUUGAGUCGUGUCCCCCCAAGAUGCGGCCUAUUCAGGAGAUGGAGUUCUAUAUGCGGACCUUCAGCCAUGUGCACCCAGAGCCCCCCAGCCAGGCCAGGCCAGUGGCAGUGAAUGCCAAUCCCUCCUGGUUUCUUGUCACCAGGAGCCAAGGGGAGCCUCCACCGCCCUCCUCCCCAGACACGCUGGUCCUGCCUCCCGGGAUCCGCCCCCAGGGUGGCAUGGCUGCGAGCACAGAUGUAGCAGGGCUGGAGGAGAGCUUCCGCAAGUUUGCCAUCCAUGGCGACCCCAAGGCCAGCGGGCAAGAGAUGAAUGGCAAGAACUGGGCCAAGCUGUGCAAGGACUGCAAGGUGGCUGACGGGAAGGCCGUGACAGGAACUGACGUGGACAUUGUCUUCUCCAAAGUCAAGGGGAAGUCUGCUCGGGUCAUCAACUAUGAGGAGUUCAAGAAGGCCCUGGAAGAGCUGGCAACCAAGCGAUUCAAGGGCAAGAGCAAAGAGGAGGCCUUCGACGCCAUCUGCCAGCUGGUGGCGGGCAAGGAGCCAGCCAACUUGGGUGUUACCAAAGCAAAGACAGGGGGUGCUGUGGACCGGCUGACUGACACCAGCAGGUACACCGGCUCCCACAAGGAGCGCUUCGACGAGAGCGGCAAGGGCAAAGGCAUUGCUGGCCGGCAGGACAUCCUGGAUGACAGUGGCUAUGUGAGCGCCUACAAGCACGCAGGCACCUAUGAUGCCAAAGUGAAGAAGUAAGGCCCAGGAAGGCCCUGCAGUGCGGCUGCCUCCGCCAGGGGCCUGGGCCUGAGGGACGUGGGGAACAAGACAGCCCCGAUCCCCGCUGGACCUGCCCCCAGAGCCGCCUGCCCAGCCCCAGGUGCCGGCCCCCAGGCCUCUGACCCAGACUGCUCUGCAUCCCCCUCCCCCGACUUCUGUCCGUCUGGAGACAGUCAAUGCCUGUAGCCUCACUGCCUGCCUCCAGGGCCCUGGGCCUGGCUGACCUUCCUGCCCGCUUGCCUCAUAUUUAAGCUGCUGCUCUGGCCAAGUGCCUAAUUCUUACCCAGACCUCAAUAAAGCAACCUUUUGUACCAGU